AUAAAUUAAUGCAACAACGCCAACGGGUAAAAGAAAACGACUCUAGAAAGUGAAGUGAAGUCAGGAUAAAAUGGAGGUUAUGUUGCUCCUUCGAGGGUAGAAUCGUAACUAUACAGUUUUUUUUUUACCCUUUCAACUGCUUUUACUUUGGCCACUCUUUUCUUUCACGCCGCCCCCUUUUUUGUUUUUCUUCCCUUUUUUACCUUUCCUUUCCGAAAUGGAGCUUCUCGCCGGCGACUGUCGGAAACGAGUCGGCGACGACUUCGACGAAGACGUUGACCCUUUUGAUGGCUCAGAUGGUGGUUGCGGGUGGAUGUACGGUAGCCGUCAAUCGGAUUCUCAAGGAAACGACGACGCUUUGGCUACGCUCGCAGACUUGGCCUCCCCUCCUCAGAAACUCAAACCUAUCAGGUGUGGCGUUAAGCCUCCGUCGGAUGAUCGUCAUCCUCUCGAUAUUCUCGUCGGAACCCUAGAUAGGCUGCCGGAGAUGGGGUUUGGCUGCUUCGAAGCUCCCUUGGGAUCGAAGAUUGCUGACGUUGGGCAAAGUGGUCAAUUGACUCGUGGGAUUCCAAAGGGUGAUGAUGCUGGUGCUCCUCUUCCCCUCCAUUCGCAGUUUCAAGCUCGCAAUCGCCUCUCUUGGGAUGGUGUCUCUCUCAGCUCCUCUGUUGAUAGCGAUAGUGACUCAUCCCCUGACGUCCGCAAGACCGUCGCGGGCAAAAGAAAGCGGGAAACAAGGGUCAAUCUGGAGCAAUUCUUGGAGAAGUUGGUGGGGAGUAUGAUGAAGCGGCAGGAGAAGAUGCAUAACCAGUUGAUUAAGGUGAUGGAGAAGAUGGAAGGCGAGAGGAUACGCCGCGAGGAAGCUUGGAAGCAACAGGUAAUUGAGAGGAUGCAACAGAAUGAAGAGGCUCGGAAGCAAGAGAUGGCACGCAGCUUGUCUAUCAUCACUUUCAUCAAAAGCGUUAUUGGUGACGAGAUCGAGAUCCCUAAACCCUCCGUGUUCCCGCAGCUACUCCAGCAGAUUCUUCCCGAGCAAUGUGAAGAC